AUGCUAACAUUAGGUUAUCUGGCAUGGCCAUAUCUAAUGGCUGCAAAAAAGAAAUUGUUUUCCGAUCGCAAGAUGAAAGAACCAAAAAGAAAAGAUAAUGAAAAAAUAUCUGCCAACAACAGCAACAUAGUAGACAAGCGCUCAACAGCCAUCAACUCCCUACAACAAGCCGCGGAACUGCUGGAUCGCUGUCAGAAGUUACUACAGGCCGCGAACGCGGAGGCAGCCUCUCACGCGACUACGGAGACAGCCGCUCGUGCGACUACGGAGGCAGCCGCUCGUGCGACUACGGAGGCAGCCGCUCGUGCGACUACGGAGGCAGCCGCUCGUGCGACUACGGAGGCAGCCGCUCGUGCGACUACGGCGGCACGGGUGCGACGGAUGCCUACGGCAGAGCUACGCCGGGACCCGGUACUGUGGGUAGCCUACACCCGCGGGUGGGACGACCACGCGUUGGUCUAUAGCAAGUCGACCAACGUGGGUCCGAAAACCGCGGUAACCGGCAGGUCCCAGAGCCCAAGACGGCCCGUACAGCCAGCUCGCACACCGCGACCGCCCCCCAUGCCACAGUCCACACCGUUGCUCCGACCACCCCCCCAACCACUCAUGGCAGUACUGGUCCCACGACCAAAAUCGUUCAAACCGCCCGCAACGAGGAAAGUGGACCAGCAAAGUGCUCAAAUAACAACACCGGCAGAACAGACGACAACAGCGCCUCCACAAAAUUCGAGGCAACGCUGGAACCAGUCUCGGAUGCGGGAAUACCGGGGACAGAAAAAGGCUGCCAAUCCCACCACCUCCCAACAGUACCGCCUGGAAAAACCGGCACCCUUAACCACCCAACCGGCACCAGACCCAAUGUCGCUGGAGGCAACCAACACGCCUGUCCCCGAGGCCAAGACACCGGAGGUAGCAAUGCCGGUCGAUAUGAAGACAUCACCGGAUGAGGAGAAGGAGCUGCUGUGUGACAUGAUGGAUGUUGGUCCCCCAGACGACGUGGACACGGUGUUACAAAUCACCAGCCCCGACCCCACGACGCCUCCCCGACAUGGGUAG